AAUAAAAAUCUGCAGGUGAAUGACGAAUGUUAAAAAUUUUUAAGGUUAUGACUCGCUAUUAAAAAUUAUUAUAUGAACCACCAUACAGUAUAAAAACUUGUUAGGGAGAAUGUAUCGUACUCAAUAAUUUAAAAAAAUAUGUACUGUAUAUACAUAUUUAUUUAACCUCCGAAACUAUUUAUUUUGUAUGUGAAAAAAUAUGGGCACUACAGAUGAUGAAUACAUAUAGCAUAUAGGUGGAUACAUUUACUAAAUUUAAAUGUGUGUAAUAUUAUGAUAGGUAGGUAUGUAAUGUUAUGUACCUUAACUAUGAACUAUUGAAAUUAAGUUCGAAACGGUCUGACUGGCCUAACUUAUCUAAGCUAUUUACUUCUUUAAAAUUAUUUCUCAAAACUAAAAAAAAAAAUUAAGGUACACGUAUAAACUUGUAUUAGGAACUUACUUAUUUUUUCAAUGGAAAAUAUAUUAUUAAAUAAUAAUUUAGACAAACAUCGCAUUGGUUUUGUUUGUAUCUAUCAUCAACUCAAAGGAAGCUUCUUCUAGAAAAUUGGAUAUAGUUAUUAGUUGGUACUUCAAUUAAAAGUAAACAAUGCCAAGUAAUUUUAAAAAUACAAUAUUGUGAGUGUAACCAGGGCUUAAACUUUUAUCCCUACAGUCCUACCCUGUAAUUUUCAGAUGCAUUUUAUUUUUUCCGAGUAUUUGAACAUGUGCUAAGGAACGGUAUAGUUUCCUCCUGUAAAUAUAGUUUCGAUUAUAUUAUAGUAUAUUAUUUACAAUUGCAAAAGCGUAAUCUGGGGGGGGGAGUGUCUAUCUUGGGGAAGGAAUUGGUUUUUUUCUGCCUUGCAAUAAGUUCAAAUUGAAUCUUUUACUGCUUUAUAUACUCUGUUUUUGUUAGUAUGUACCUAUAAGUUUUUGAUCUUUGUAUUUGUAUACUAUUUUUUUUAAAUUUUAAUCUUGUCUGUUAAAAAAAAAUAAUAACUUAUGCCUAUAAUAUCUACUAAUUUAUUUAUUGGGAAAAAGUAAGCCCCUCCUUAUCAUUCCUAUACAUAAUAGAUUUUUAGUUUUACCGCAGCUCCCCCCACCAAGAAUUUUCCCCCGGAUUACGCCUAUGUACAGUCGAAUCUCGAUAACUCGUAUCUCAAGGAGAAUAAAAAUAAAUUUGACUUAUGUAUUUUCUCAAACAUAACUUAAAAACACUUGAAAGGGCAAGAAAAAAAUCGAGUUAUCGAGACUCUUCUCCGAAAAUAAAUCCUAGUUUAUCGCAUACCUGUAAUUACCAGUUAGUAGCUACAUGGUUCUAUAGCUUUAUUUUAUAUGUGGCUGACUAAUAAGUACAACGUUCCUGUAUACUUGCUACGUCAUUAUACGUCUGGUUUUGAAUAUCAUGUAAAGAAAUAUACAUCCAUAUAAGUAGUAGGUACUUAUAGAUUCCCAGGAAAUGUACUAAGCGAAUACCUAAUUAUUUCCAUUUGCAUAGCAUAAAUAUUACCUAUUCCCCAUUGUAUUUGUUUUCGAGUUGAAUAUAUUGUUCAGAUAUUAAAUGCAUUAGUACUAAAUACGUCUACGUGAAGGUUUUCAAUAGGGAAGCAUAUUGGAUAAAACACGGUGAAACUAAAUAUAUAUUAUACAUAUAUUAUUGUUCAAAAAUGUCGACGUUUUGUGCUGAUGGUCUUAUUCCAGCCAGAUUUUUAUGUCUCGUUGCACAUUUUAUAAUGCUCGUCAUGGCUUUGAAUCAUAGGGAGCAAAACGUAAAAGCAUGUCUACCUUACGAUUAUGACAACGAUCUUUACAUGGAACAAGACAAAAGGUACGUCCAAUAUGGAAAAUGAAAUGAUAGUAAAUAAAGAUAACUAUAAUGAGAAUAAAGAACUAGGUCCGAAUUACUUACUCGGUGAUCAAGAACACAUUGACAAAACAACUAAAGUCUCAUGGAUUCUAGUCAUAACAACAAUAAGUACUAGUUUAGGCUGUUCAAUUCCUGCCGGAUACAACACUGGAGUAGUAAAUGCCCCUGCAGAAGUAUUGAAACAAUGGUGUAAUGAAACGAUCAUGCAUCGCUAUGCCGUACAAUUUUCAUCUGCUCAACUUGAUGGCCUUUGGUCUAUUCUAGUUUCCAUAUUCUUGAUUGGUGGCAUUAUUGGUGGUGUAGCUGGUGGUAAAUUAGCAAAUGUAUUCGGCAGGAAAGGAACUUUACAACUUAUAUACCUGAUUAAUUUAGUAUCUGGUAUUCUAUUUUUUAGUUCUAAAUCGUUAGCCUCUGUAGAAUUAUUUUUUAUUGCAAGACUUUUAUCUGGUCUAUCCGCUGGCCUCACAAUGGCGAUGGUACCUAUGUAUUUAUUAGAGUUAUCACCGGCCAAUAAAAGUGGUUUAUUCGGUGUGAUGUUUACUGUAGGUUUGAACUUUGGCGUGGUGUUGUCUCAGUUUUUAGGCCUGGGAAAUAUCUUAGGAAAUGAAUCAUCGUGGCAUUACUUAUUUAGUCUGUAUGGAGGUUGGGUAUUAUUAGCACUUCCUACUUUAAAAUUUAUUCCCGAAAGUCCUAAAUACUUGUAUACUGUACGCAAUGAACACAGCAAAGCAUUAUCAGAACUAAGCAAUUUAAGAGGAAAGCCAAUAUCUGAUAUAAGAUGGGAACUAGAAAAUUUACUUGUUUCUCCUGAAAGGUGGACGCUGAGAAAGGUUAUCAGUGAACCUUCUAGCCGUAAAGCCAUAAUAAUCACCUGCAUAGUAAUGUUGGGUCAACAACUGUCUGGAAUUAAUGCAGUGUUUUAUUACUCUACGUCGAUAUUCAGAAAUGCAGGCAUGAGCACAGCUGGUGCUCAAUAUGGAAAUCUAAGCACAGGAGUAAUAAACUUCAUUGUAACUAUUUUAUCAACUACAUUUAUUGAUAACUUUGGACGCAAGACACUGCUAUUAUUUAGCAGCACCAUUUGUGUAUUUAUGCUCACAGCGUUAAUGACUUCAAUGAUUUUAUCGUCUAUUGGUACAAUACCAGGAAUAUCGUAUUUGUUGAUACUUUUUGUUAUUGGUUACGUUUUGUUCUAUGGAUUUGGAUUAGGGCCAAUCCCGUUUUUUAUUGGAUCAGAAUUAACCGAUGUUGGACCCAGGCCUAUUAUAAUGUCAGCAAUGAGUGUUGCUAAUUGGUCUGGAAAUUUUUUGGUUGGACUUGCAUUUCCUUUUGUCAACCUUGUUCUCAAACAAUACUCUUUUCUUCCAUUCAUCGUGUUCACCGUAUUUUUAAUCAUAUUUACAUGGAAAGUGGUUCCAGAAACCAAACAAUCUUUCGGCCAACAGAGUGCCGAUAGUGAAUAAGAGUCGAGAUUUUAUUCAUUUCACUUCGAUAUUAAUAUAUAUUAUACUAAAAAUUAUUAUUGCCUGCGAUUUCAUUAUCUUUAAGACGUAUAUAACAAUAGAAGAGUUUAACUAUUGUAAUAUGAAUCUAGACGAAAUUGUUCAUUUUCAUUUAUUAACAUUUAUACGAUUUGUUAUUUAAGUUCAGUGCAUAGCUUAACAGAUAAUUAUUAGUUGAAUAUAUAAUAUGAGAGAUAUUAUUUUUCUAACAAAGCUCCCUUUUUAACUGUAAAAACCAUCUUUAGAGUAUUGGUUUUAAAUAAAAUUGAAUUUACACUUGGGGCAGUAACCUUUAGUACAGUGUCACCUAGAAUUUUUAUAGUUUGGAAAUAAAAAACAUUGCAUAUUUUACACAAGCGCGCCAGUAGAAUUAUAAACCCUAGCUAGGGGGGGGGGGG